CAUUUUGAGACACCCGAAGGUAUAAGAGUGGCUUGAGCACAACGCGCUUGUGUGUGCUCAUCCUCCCUUAAGUUGCGGACGAUCUUUUUUAAAGUCCUGACGGCAAGAACAGUGAUCCAGUUCGGAUUUAUUCUAAGUUUCCCCAUUUCGGAAAGAAAGCAAAAUUUCCAGGCGGAUUUUUUUUUUUGUUUUUAAACCUGCCAGCUGUUGCAGAGUAGCCCCCGACCCUUACCCCAGUACCGAUAGAUUCUUGAAUUUUCCGCACAGCUGCUCCGUGAGGGGGUUUUGAGUUGAGGGGCGGGGUGGGGGCAAGGGGAAAGUAAAAUUUCCGCCGUCGCCAAAUUCCUGAGCUCGUAUCGUGUCUCCUUAGAUGGCCAGCUUCCCAGAAUUUGUCAACGAGAAUGAAAUAGCACAGGCCCGGCUAAUUGCUGACCUUUGGGCACCUGUUGCUCCAUUUGAGCAAAAGUCUGGCCGUGAAACCUGGACUGUGGCUUUUGCACCUGAUGGCUCCUAUUUUGCUUGGUCGCAAGGACAUCGUGUAGUAAAGUUGGUUCCUUGGUCUCUGCAUGAAAAUAAAAGAUUGUAUAAUGAUGAGCAUGAUAAUGCCGUCAAUAAAAUUCUCAGAAAGCAAAAUGGUCACAGUCAGAAGAAUCAUCCAGAAGAGCGCACUAUAGACUGUGGCGAUAUUGUGUGGGCCCUUGCUUUUGGCUCUUCUGUACCUGAGAAACAGAGUCGUUGUGUGAACAUUGAAUGGCACCGAUUCAAAUUUGGUCAGGACCAGCUACUGCUAGCAACUGGUUUGAGCAAUGGGCGUAUCAAAAUUUGGGAUGUCUACACAGGUAGAUUCCUUCUUAAUUUGAUGGAUCAUAAUGAAGUUGUUCGGGAUUUGACCUUUGCACCUGAUGGCAGCCUUAUCCUAGUGUCUGCAUCAAGAGACAAAACUUUGAGAGUCUGGGAUCUGAAGGAUGAUGGCAAUAUGGUGACUGUACUGAGGGGACAUCACAACUGGGUGUAUUGCUGUGCCUUCUCUCCAGAUUCAAAUAUUCUCUGCUCUGUUGGAGCUGGAAAAGCGGUUUUUCUUUGGAACAUGGAAAGCUACACCAUGAUGCGUAAACUUGAAGGUCACCUUAAUGAUGUGGUAUCAUGUGAAUUCUCUCCUGAUGGAGCAUUGUUGUCUACAGCCUCAUAUGAUACACGAGUUAUUGUCUGGGAUCCACAUACAGGCAGUAUUUUGUUGGAGCUGGGGCAUCUCUUUCCACCUCCAACUCCAAUAUUUGCUGGUGGAGCAAAUGAUCGCUGGGUGAAAUCUGUUGCCUUUUGCCACGAUGGUUUGCACAUUGCUAGUGUUGCUGAUGAUAAAAUGGUGAGAUUCUGGCGGAUUGAUAAAGAUUGCCCAGCAGAGGUUGCUCCUUUAAGUAAUGGCCUAUGUUGUGCCUUUUCUCCAGAUGGUAGUGUUCUAGCUACCGGGACGCAAGAUGGUAGUGUUUACUUCUGGGCUACUCCCAAUCAUGUCCCCAGUCUUCAGCAUCUCUGUCGUAUGGCUCUGCGAAGAGUAAUAGUUACCACUUCUGUUGAGAACCUGCUUAUCCCACCAAAGAUAGUUGAAUAUCUAACUUACCGCAUAAACUGACCAUUUGGAGCUGCAUAACUUCAGAAGGCUAUGGCGUAUGUUGCCUUUGUUGUUUAGAUGUAGACAAACGGGUGCAUUUUCAUGCCUUUGUAAGCCAAGCUUUCGUUUGGAGCCUGGUCAGUUCAUACAGAUUUUUUUCUGUAAAAACUGUGUACAUUCUGUAAACCUGUACUAUUAUAUAUAAAUAUCAGCUUGUACCAUAGCUAUUUUCUAUUCUGUUCUUGGUCCAAUUUUUUUGUUCCUGUACAUAAAUGUGUUAUGGUGUUUUGUAAAUGUAUUUUUUGGAAAAGGCCUAUAGGGUUUGGUUGAUAUUCAAUAUUGUCUGCAACUCAAAGGAAAAAAAAAACUGUCAUGUCAACUGCCAAAGACUUGUUUUUAUAAGCUAGCAUUUACAAAUGCAGACAAAAGCUGCGUUUCAUUUAAAUGUGAAUUUAUUUCUGUUCAUCUAUUAAAGAGAAGUUGAGUUUUA